CAAUCUCUAAUCACGCAGAUAGACGCAGAUAGACAGUCGGUCAAAGUUUACUCAAUUUCUUCCAAGAAAUAACUUCAAAUUAACGAAUUGAAUCCAAUCCACCAUGAACAAGGCAGCAGCUUUAACCAUGAUGAACAACCCUCUAAAAAUAUCUCCACGACUCUCAUCAUCCUCUGCGCCCCUUUAUUAUGGAUUUAUUGUAGAGAGAAACAGAAAGUAAGAAAGAAAGAGUAACAAAGUAAAAUGAGUAGAACGAGAGCUCAAAAGGAGGACAAGGCAGGGCCUUUCUUCUUAGCCACACUUGUGCUCUGGUUCGUCUCCGUUUUGUUCGAAAUUCUGUUCCACAGGCGCUCGCAGCUGCUCUCCAUAGUCGCUGGCUGUUUCUUUUACCAAUUGGCCAACUGGGUUGUUCGCGCUUUCGUCUCCCGCGACCCUCUCUUUGCCAACACCUCUGUUUCUCUGCUCCACUCCACCAUAACCUCCUCUUCAGUGAUAUUUAUUUUGGCUAAUCAGUGGUUAAAAAAUGGUUCGAUUGGCAUGUUUGAGCACUCACAGUUGUUUGGAGGUACUUGGCCAUGGGCAUACCCAGCUUUGUGUUUUUCGUGCGGUUACUUUGCAUAUGAUCAGUGGGAUAUGCUGCAUUAUGGAUUAUAUAGUGGUUGGAUCCCUUCCAUCCUGAUGCAUCAUCUGAUACUCCUCAUUUGCUUUACUCUUGCUUUGUAUCGGAAUGUGACCAUCAAUUACCUUAUUCUCACUCUCAUUUGUGAGCUGCAUUCUAUCUUUCUGCACGUGAGGAAAGUGCGGCGGAUGGCAGGUGUUCGCGAUGCCAAGAGCAAAAUUGUAAUGGCAGAAUGGGUUCUUAAUGUGGUCACCUACAUUGUAGCAAGGGCUGGAGCUCACCUACUCAUCACCGCCAAGCUCAUCUGGGAUGCUCCCAAAUUCGGAAAGGGCAUUGAGCUGCCACUUGCAUUGUUUGGGAUGUUCGGAAUGAACUUUCUGAAUGCCUUUCUUGGCAUCGAUCUCUUCCAUGCUUUCAAGAGAGAGAGGAAUCCUCAGAAUACUAAUAGUCAUCACGAGUGACAAAGUAAAGGCCAAAAAAUAGUUACAGAUCUUUUUCGUUUGUGUUGGUUUUUUUUUUGUCGGAAUUUUGUUUGUGUUGUUUAUUUCAUUGAUUUUGCACAUAAAUGGUUGUUGACGAAAAGAAUGAGUUAUUCAUGUGAGAAA